AUUCUCCAAGGGCUGGCAGAGCAAAUUCCAAGCCGAUGGAUGCAGUGGCUGCUGAGCACUGCUCGAAAGCAACAAUCUUAUAUUGAAGAUCGCGACGGUGGUGAAGCUAGUAGUGUUUCUUCCGACGCCGACGAUCUUUCGGAUAACGAUAGGAACUCGAAUCUGGAAUUUGAAGUGAUCAGCUCUACAUCGCUAGAUGUUAAAGGAUUGCCUGGUCUUCUUCAGCUGAGCACUUUAGAAACCGAGGCUGACCUGAGUUGGCAUGAUUGUGAUUCUACUCAUUUUACAUUUGUUAAGAUUGCGCGAUCACGCGUGCGACGAAUGUUGUUAGAUUCUUUAUGUUUACCUGUCAGCGAAGAUCGUAUAGUGUCAGACGAUAAAUUCGCAGCAAGCACAGACAUUCUACAACAGCUGCCUGUUUUAUUUCUUUGCCUUGUCAAUGGCGAUACGAUACGAUUCAUCGAGUACACAUUAUAUCUUCGUCGCAAACUAGGGAAAACAGUAGCCGAUGAUACAUGCUCAUUUUUGAGCUCUUUCCACUUUUUCACCACAGUGGUCUCGAGGUAA